GUCCUGUUUGUUCGCUCCCUCACUAUUCUCCUAUCUCCUCCUCCAAAAUGCUCUCUCUCUCCACUACCCGCCACCUCUAAGCCCUUCCCCUCUCCCACCAAAACCCUAACCCUAACCCUAACACCCCUCCGCCCUGUCCCAUGGCGUCCAUCAACCUCGGCUGGUUCGGGGGCGACAGCUGGUUCCCCAAGCCCCACAAACCCUCUCACUCCCCCCCCAACUUCGCCUUCCUCGGCGCCCGUAACCUCUUCUUCGGCAAGAACAACAACCCUAAAAACCCUAGCUCCUCCUCUGCCCCAACCGAUGAGGCCCCCGGGAAGCUGUCGCAGAAGCUGGAACAGUACUUCUGGGAGUGCGAGCACCGCCCCGACUAUCGCCACACGCCGGAGGUGGAGCGGAUCCUCGCCGACGACCCCAUCUUCGAGAAGAAGGAAGACCCUAGCCCCGAGGAGGUCGAGAAGGCCAAGCUGUGGUGGGAGGGUUUCAAUGAGAGCCCCGUGGUGCAGUUCCUGCGCCGCGCCGAGGUGAUCGCGGAUAAGCUCAACGAGAUGGAGCUCAAGGAGAACGAGAAUCCCUACAGGUGGGAAGACAGGAAGUUGUGGAAGGCAUUGCCACAUGUGCCAGGGCUGGACGGCCGUCCCAUGCCGCGUAAAGCGAUCAAGACGAGAAGGGAGUCGGACGAUAAGUUCUGGGACUUCACACGGCAGUUCUUCUUUGGAUUGUGGGGGUUCAGGCAGAGGCCGUACCCUCCCGGCCGGCCGAUAGAUGUUGCACAGGCCAUUGGGUACAAGCGGUUGGAGAAGCGGUACUAUGACUUUAUUAUGAGAAGUGGCGGUUGGUAUUACAAGGAUCGGCUUGGGCGUACUAGAGGACCGCUAGAGCUGAUUACUCUUAAAACAGCUUGGGCUGGUGGAAUAAUUGAUACACACACGUUCAUUUGGGGUGAGGAUAUGGAUGAAUGGGCACCUAUUGGGAUGGUUUAUGGCCUAGAGAAAGCAAUUGCCACUUGGGAAGUCAGAUUGGGUGCUGCUGCAACGGCCUGUCUUCACAAAUUACAGAAGGGAACACCUCCUUGGAAACCUCUUAAGGGAUUUGAGAAGAAAACAUACAAGCAAUUACAGGACGAAGCUAUUGAAAGUAAGAAGCGUGACAUGGCUGUUCUUGCAGCCAAUGGCGGUGUAUGGCCUGGUGUAAGAACCCCUAGCCAUGCGCUAUUCCUUUGGGCUAGUGGAUCUGAAAUGACGACCAUUUUGCAAAAGGAUCACAUGCCGAAUAAAUAUAUCUCCAAAGAACUAAGGGAUCGUCUUGCAAAAAUUAUACCCGGUUUGAGGCCAUGGGAGGUUCUAAGUGUAGAGCAAGCCAUGGAUCAAAUAACCUAUGACGGGGAGUGGUAUCGUGAACCUCUUGGCUCCUAUACGACAGGUCCACCGUAUAUCAGGCAUUGGAACAAAGAUGUUAAGAGGCUGUUCCGAAUCUUUUACAACCUGAGCUACAGAGUGUACAACAAGUUGGAGCGUACUAUCCCUGGCUUCAAUGUAGUUAUGGAGAAAGUGCGGGCUGAUUCAGCCGCAAGAGAUGCGCAGCGUAAGGCUAAAAGGGAAGCAGAAAAAAGAGCUGAAGCCGAGGAGGCUAUCUAUGGACGGCGCGUGACAUCUGAUCAUCCUGCUCCAUAGAGAAGAUCCGAGAUUUGAUGCUGUCUGAGUUGAGAACAUCCGGAUUAACAGGAUAUGCCUUCUUUAGAUGGAAGAGGAAAAGUUAUUUCUUUACGGUUGAUGCGCCGACGAUCGAAUGCAAUUCUUCGCCUCCUUUCGCUAAUGUGGACUUCAUAAUUGCUUUAGCAAGCAAAUAGCCAGUUCUCUGCAGAUGGACGAAUAGCUUGUGUUCUUUUCCUAGGAUCCUCUGUGAGGUGCUGAGAGAUUAAUCACCUUAGCAUAUGUAUAUCCCUACUUGCGCUCUCCUUAAUGGCUGAGUAUUACAUUAUCAAAUUAGAAAUUUGGAUCUUUGAAUUCGAUAGUUUCUUUUGUGGUACGCCGUAUUUGAGAAAGCUUCUGUAAUCAAGAGAGGUGUGAUUGUAAUGCUAAAAAGCUUCUUUUCAUCAUCA